AUGGCUCCACAAUCGUCGUGCCAUAUUCCAUUCGCCCACUAUGCACUUAUCUAUAUUGACAGCGCGGGCAAGUUGGGCUGCGAAGAGUCAGCCAGCAUCACGGAGCAGAAUAUGACACUUUUCUCUCCGGAUGUUCGCCAGACAUUCCUAGAGACACUUGGCGAGAAAAUUGGACUCCAUCAACCUCUCUCUGGGGGCAUCUCCGCGCAGAGUCCGCCGCCGCCGCGGCAAUGCCCGGCUUCCAUGAACCACAGCCGACUGGCUGAUGAUUCUGACAGUGAUGACUAUCCUCCCGCGGGUAAUGAGACUACUUCUAUUCGCGUUGGAGACGCCACGAAGCUUAUGAACUACUAUGAGGGUGCUCUCAAGCAUUUCCAACAACUUAACUGCCGCAUGGUUGCCAAGGCCUUUAUCAAGUUCAUUGAGCCUCGUAAGCAAGUGAGACACCCAUACAACGGUGGCAAACCUCCAGCUGGAUCUGCCCCCGGUACUACCGGUGACCCUGAAAAGACCAAGCCUGAGUGGUGGCCCCCUGGUGUCAUGCACAAGGAGCCUGACCACCUACGCAAAGAGUAUCGCAUUGAGCUUUUGCUUCAUAUUAUCCGCAAGCUUGGAGGCUUCGGAAUCACGUCCGACAAGCUCAAGGAAGUUGCUAGCGAUACCAAACGCAGCCUGAAGCACCCCUCUCAUGUGGAUAUCAUCCUGGAAGUCCUCCGUGUUCGCAAGAUGGAGGAGCGAUGGGAGCGUGGUGAAGUUGACGCCAACACUCUAGUCUACGUGAUGAACCGAGGACCAAGCCCUAAGGGCGACGAGGAAGAAGAGUCUAACGACGGUCCUGUAUCGGUCUUGGACAUUGAGCAUCUCGAAGACGGCCUUCUCACCCCGAGCUCAUCUGAGCAAACUGCUCCUCUCACAACCCCCAUCGACGCCAUGGGCCUCCCCCCCUCGCUCUCUGCCUGGCAGCUUCUCCCUCGCAGAGCCUCUCACCUUCGAGAGCCGCGAUCCACCCCUGUCACCGCGGAAAUGAUUAGCCCGCAUGAUGUCUCUGUCUUCGCCUACUCAUCUCAGCCAUCUUAUCCAUCCUCCACACCGGACCAGCACUGGUCCACCCCAACUUUCCGGCAAGACAUCUUCAGCCCGGUAGGCUACAAUGCGCCAGUCACUACGCAGCCCUCAAUGCCAUACAACAUGGCAAUGGCUCCGCCGACGCAUUCUAUGCACGGCUUGCCCAGUCACGAACAGCCGCCCAUGGACCCGAUCAGUCGGUCUCUACCAUUCCGAACUGGUUCCUUGGGCCACCCUCAUCCACACGGCUCUCCACUUGCCCACCUUUCCUAA